CUUCGUCACGAGCAUUUUCAAAGAACUUCUGGCCUAGAAAGAAGGUGCGAUGGCUGGUAAACCAAACUUCUUAAAAGUCGUCAUUCUUGGAGAUGGCGCAGUUGGGAAAAGUGCUCUUAUGAAUAGGUUUGUUAACAACAAAUUUGACAGUCAGUCGUUCCAUACCAUUGGCGUAGAGUUUCUGAACAAGGACGUUAAAGUCGGAGGUGAAAUUUUCACUUUGCAAAUCUGGGAUACGGCAGGGCAAGAACGUUUCAAAAGCUUGAGAACUCCUUUUUACCGAGGAUCAGAUAUUUGCAUUCUUGUUUAUUCUGUAGAUGACUCCCAAAGCUUCAUUAAUUUGGAAACUUGGAAGAAUGAGUUCCUGUACUAUGCUGAUGUUAAAGAUGCAGAUAAUUUUCCUUUCAUAGUUCUGGGAAACAAAAUCGACUUGCCAAAUAGGGCAUUAGAACGAGGGGAGGCAGAGAAAUGGUGCGGUUCGAACUCUUUUCCUUACUACGAAACGAGCGCGAAAGAUGCAACUAAUGUCGAUUUAGCUUUUGUUGCAUCUGUAGAGAGACUUAUGAAAAUUGAGCAACAAUUAGACAAGCAAAUGAAAGGGAACGGUUUCAGCAGUGUGAAUUUGAAUAAACAUCGCAGAGACGAGCCCCCAGUGGAAGGGAAACGCUCUGGAUGCUGCUAAUGCUUAGCGUCCAAUCAACACCAUAACGACUUUGGUAAUUAUCGAGUUAUCUUAAAAUGAUAUUCAUUAAAUUGUAAAUUUUAACGUCGAAUAGUCCAGGGUUAUAUGCUACUCAAUUGUUAAUUUAACCCUUGAUCAAAUUUUUUCAAUAUUUUUCUUGAAGUUCAUAGUGUUGGUUCCAAGUGUCAAGGUUUAGGGCCACAAUUUAAUUUUUCACGCAACACACUUUUUUCUAUCAAAGCAAGGCAUUUUACCAAUUCAUGAGUAAUUCACCAAAAGAGAAAAAUUACAAAAUUGAUCCUACCAAAAAGUGGAAGGCAUUGAUGCACUAGCAUGCCUCUAAUACAAGGCUUAUCAAUAGGCACUGUGCUCACAGGGGGUUUCCAGGUCCCAUUUAUGACAAAGUUGACGAGCCAUUUUUUGUUUGGCAAUAAGUCUCAAAAUUUGCCAACUUAGCACUCUUGAGUGGCAGGAAACUUCUUGUUUUUGCAAUGUAAUGUUUUGUCUGAGGGUUUGUCAUUUAGCACUUAGCAGUGGCCAUGUCUAGUAAACUGAUCCUGACCCAAACCCUAUCAGCAUGAAUGGUAUGGAAGGGGGACACCCUGCAGAGAGUUAUGCUACUGCAUUUGUGCCAAGCUGGGGGAUGUGUCCCCAUCCUCCUAUGAUAUUUGCAUUAAUAUUUCAUGAAUAUGCUCUGUUUUGACUAAGCCAUGAGCUGUAACAAAACAGCAGCUUCAUUUUUGUCAAUUUCUUUUUAAAGAAAAUUUCUGGUAGACACUACACAUCAAGUGAUUACAAAUAAUAACACAUGUUGCAGAGAAAAUAAAGGACAGUUACAAAGUUCUAAGAUAUUUUUUCUUAACUAUAUAUGUUGUGGAACCAUUCAGGCUCAUGCCAAAACAAAUGCAGGUAGGCAUUCUAUCUCAAUGGACUUUCUUGAUCCAAUAUGGAUCUGCUAUCCAUACCAUUUUGGGAUCGCUCUUUCUGGUGUAGUUGUUGGGAUCUGUCUCAUUUGAGAUACAAUGUAAACAUCUGGUACAAAUGGGAACAGAUCAGAAACAAGAAAAUUAUGAUCAUUGGCUAGUUACAGUGUUUUAUAACCUUUAUUACCACGAAAAAGCAAACAAUAUGCAUAAACAUUGUAUCUUCAAAACAUUUUUAUCUAACUAUGGAAACAUGUUUUUCGAAUGAUAAAAAACAAUUCAUCAAACAGGGUGAGCACAAAUCCCCAGGUCUAUAAUUUCUAUUAUGGCUUUGCUUCAAGCUAUCCAGCAAUGUUCCACUGUAAACAUGGAGUGCUUGGACCCAUUCUAACUAAAAACACCAAUAAUAAUUGGAUUGGAUCAAAAGUAGAUCUGUAGCCAUUGGGGUCUGUUAGUAUAAAUGUGGUUUAAGUUUGAGGCUGACUAAAUAACAGGGUAGGAUAAUUCUAGUACUGUGGCACAUGGCUGUGCAUUUAAUGUGGAUGUUCCUAAAUUGUAUACUUUGUUCAGACUGCUGAGUACUGUUUGCACAGGGAAAUGUGCAUUGACACAUAUAGUUAAAGCCCAUUUUUCUUCAAUUUUAGUGGAUACUCCACUCACCUUAACCAAGCCAAAUUUGAAAAGGCCUUUUCAAAAUUAAAAAGGUGUGUGUACUCUGAACAUAUACAAAGGCCAACAGUCUGAACUAGACCUGUACAUUUUCAUCCUGAAUUUAUUUAUCAUGGUUGUUCUUUUUAAGAAACCUCUUGCUCAUUGGAAUGUUGUUUUGACAAAAAAUUGAAAUUUUUUGAUUGAAUUUUUGAAUUCAAAGUGCCAUUUAACUCUCUUUUUCAUUGGUCUUAUUUUUUGUGUUUUUUAAAUAUAUAUUUUUCAACUUUUUCUAAGCCAUCCACAUAUCGGCUCUACCAUGGUAUUUUGAAUAGCACAACCAUGUUCCAAACAGUAUUAGGAUCAUCACUGCACUCUCUGUUGAAAUAAUAUUGAUUUUUCACACUAAAUGAAAUUUUCUUGUUUAAAAUAUUAUCCAUUAUCUUAUUUUUUAAUUCAACUGUGUGGCAUUUUUGUUGGUUUUUGCAUUAGAUUUCCUAUAAUUUAGUUCUUGUAGUUUUUAGCUUGGUUUCAAUGUUUUUUAUUUUCCAAAUUUUCCUAUCCAAUCAAAUUUAUUUAAAAAUUGUUUUAAUACUCAUAUGUAAUCAAGAACACAAGCUUUUAUUGUGACUUUGAGAUGAUAAACCUCCAUGCGGCCCUCUUCCUGCCCCACCUUUGAUAGGGGUCCCUCAAAAAAGUUAAAUUUCAGAGCUAUUGAGCAUGACCCAGAAAUUAACUCAUGCAAAGCAAAGAUCAUUGC